AAUGAAGUCACAGAGGUGUUGUUCAGCCGCCUUUGACAGGUAUGAUGAUGUCGCUAACAAGGGGACCACUGCGACCGACAACGGUCGACAGUCUACUUUGUUCCGUGUGUAGUUUUUAGGAUUAAACGUGAUGAAAUGCUACGCAGUUUUGAACGUAACGUUACCCUCGACAGCUACACCGGACGGGACCAGAUUGAAGCUCAUGAAUGUAGCCUAGCAGCCUGCUAGCCAACCACGGAGAAAGAUAGCCAUUGUUUGAGUUGUUGGCUAACAUGGCAACGAAAGCUAAUGCUAGCAGCGUCAGCUAGACGGGCUUGACUACCGUAUUAUUGCAGAAGAUACUGCUGUGGUCAUCCUGCAUAAUGUGUGAUGGUCGUGAAGCCAGUGAGCAGUGCCUGUCCCUCUCUCCCUCAUCUUGGGCCUGCCCCCCCAUUUAACCAUCUCCCUGAAGUCUCUCUCCCAACUCGCUAAGAUGACCGACAGGAAGGAGCCACCUUUCUUUAAUGACGACAGUGUGGGAGCUUUUCACUAUAAGCUCCCUUUCUAUGACACUAUGGAGCUCUUCAUAGAGACCCUGACAGGGACCUGUUUUGAGCUGCGUGUGUUGCCCUUUGAGGCUGUCAUUUCAGUCAAGGCAAAGAUCCAGAGGCUGGAAGGUAUCCCUGUUGCCCAGCAACACCUUAUCUGGAACAAUCUGGAGCUGGAUGAUGAACAUUGUCUACAUGACUAUGGCAUUGCAGAAGGCUGCACUUUGAAACUGGUCUUAGCUAUGAGGGGAGGCCCAAUUAAUACCAGGAGAGUAACCAUGGAGGAUUCUAUCAAAGAGGUGGCUGACCUGAUGGAGAGCACAAAAGAGGAGGGUUUGGAGAAAAGCCUGUCCAACAAGCAGGUCACGUUUGUGGUCUAUCGUGAGGGUGACCAGCUAAACUUCUUCAGAGUGGUCGACAGGAGAGAUGGCACCCUGACCCCUCUGUCUGAAUCUCUGAGUGGUGGCUCGGUGUACAAUGUGUGUGCAGAGGAGGAGGAGGAUGGAGAGAGUUCUGCAGCUGCACAGCAGAGCCUUGAGAACUCCAUCACCAUGAACAAAAUGAAGCUACUCAAAGCCAAGAUGGAGGACAUGAACCUCAACAAGAAGCCGAAGAAGUCGGCAAAGGUAAAACCACGGCCCCCUGUCAGCCCACAUCCCUGCGGGGGCUUUCUAGGACCUUUCAGCACACGGCAUCAUCAUCAUCGGCUCUUUCGUUCGAUCCCCCAGAUCAACCAGCCUCGGCAGUCAAAUGCACAACUACCUCCAGUCGCAGACCAUAAAUCCGUAGACCCCUUCCUGCCCUCUUCUGCUGCAACCUCUGCUCACUUGUCCAUCCCUAGAAGACCCCCUCCCUCCUUCUCCUCGCCUUCUUGUUAUAUGCUUCAGGAGGAGGAGUCAUGGGAGACAUGCCCACCAUUUGCAAAGAUCCGACCCCCUCCCAAAGUGUCUCGGUUGGACAUUGGCAGCACCAGGUUGAUGAGAGACUGUGUGUACCCUCAGCUCCCUCCACUGUGUAUCAGGGGGCCCCCAGAAGCCACCUUUGACCCAGCUGAUCCUGCUGGGGAGGCAGUUGGGCUGGGUUUGUUAGAGGAAGCUGCUGGGCUAGUGGUGCCAACACAACCUGGAGCUCCAUUUGGGGAACUGUUAGACCCUCUGAGUCUGGAUGUGUCCACCCAGCCAGAGGGUGGUCGUCUGUCCCUCGAUGUUGGGGCUCAGCACCAGCUGCCACUCUCCCCUUCCCCACUCAGUACCUGGACACUUGGGACAAGUGAUACUCUCACCAGCAGAGCUGAUAGGACACAGCUUGGUACAUCAUUUCAUAUCAGCCCUUCCUCUCCAUUGCCCACCUCCACCUCACCAUCCACUUCUACCAGACCGCUGCCUCAGCCUUUUGAUUCCGCUCUCUCCUGUUUACAGCCCAACCUUCGAGCACAAUCCUCAGCACAAGUGAAGCCAGGCAACACAUCCCCUCACCCCUCCACCACCUUGUCAACUCAUCCUCCAUGCCUUCGUGGUGUUAAAGUGGAGUCACCUGGCAAGAGGCCAGAGCUUAUCUCCAAGAGGGAAGCAAGAGGCAUCACUAAGAUGGCCAACCAAGCCUGUAAGGAGCCACUGGGGUCCCUGAACAACUCUGAACUUCUGGCUUCUCUCUCCACAAGAGCUCCGGACAGCAGCAAUAGCAGGGACGGCCUUGGUGAGAGUCUGGGACUUUCACUGGCAUUGCCUCCUACCACUGCCUCAGGACAGGGCAGCCUUGGCCCCAGACUGCCAUCCAUCCCAACUAACAGGCUCCUUCAGGAUGAUCUCAUAAGACAAAUGUCCCCGUUGCACCGAGCAACAGCCUCUUACAUGGGCACCAACACUCUUGCAUCAGCUGGGGGAAUCAUGACUUCAUUUGGGAGAAUAGGCACUCCAACGUACCACCUACCUCCAGUCAAGGCUCCUGCAGGCGGCAAGAAGAAGAGCUCAAAGCACUGCUUCCUCUGUGGCAAGAAGACUGGCCUGGCCACCAGCUAUGAGUGCAGGUGUGGUCACAACUUCUGUGCCACCCACCGCUACGCAGAGACGCAUGACUGCACUUACGAUUACAAGAGUGCCGGACGGCGAUUUCUGCAAGAGACCAACCCUCUUAUCAGUGCUCCCAAGCUGCCUAAGAUCUAGACCCAAAAACCCUCACCUCUCUUAAGGGACGACCUGAAGACCUACAGGUUAAAGUGAGUGAAUGAAAGAGAUUCUGCAAAGUCAUUUCUUGAAGGAAGAAGGAACUUAUUCACCACUGUGUGCUUUUUUUUUUUUAUCAGCCAAGUUUGCUUAAAAUUUAAAUAAAAUAUUCUGUAAAGCCAAGUGUAAACAAACAAGAGUAGACUGAAAUGGCACAGAACUACUUAUCACGUCUUGACAAUAUGAAGACAUUUAUCCUUUUUAUCUGUUACCUUCUUUUUCCAUUGCCUAAAAACAAAACAAACUCUGCAUGCAUGUAGGUAGUUUUUGCUAAAUAUAUCUGCUGCAUGUUCAGACAUCUAUUUUUUAGUUUUGUCAGCCUUGGGGUUUUAUUUGUUUGUUUGUUUGUUUUUUAAAUAGGACCGCUGAUGACUUUUCAUUCUACAAGUCUUUGAAAGAUGCACUUUAGAACUAUCAUAUUUAUACAUUUGACUUUCCUUAUUGUGGGGGGAAAGAUACUUAAAUUUCUGUGUUUGUCUUAUGAAGUGUUUAUGUUGUCAUCCAGAUUUUUAUAUUCUGCACCUCCUAAACGUCUUUCUUACAUGGGCACAUACAUACCUACAUCACUAAUUAAAUCUGUCUUAAAAGAGAACAAUACACCCACCUGUUAAUGAAAUACUUAAUAUUUAUUAAUGAAUACUACUUAUUUAAAUUCAAGGUUGGUUUUGAAAUAGCAAGUAUGUAAUGUGUGUGUAGGUGUGAAUGUCAGUUGUAAUCUGUAAUCCUAUCAAGUAAACUGUAUUAGGAUUGGGGGGAUGAUUAUGGUAUUUAUGAUGUGUCUAUAAGUAAGGUGGUUGCCAUAAAAAAACUCUUUUGUAAGUCUUUUUUUAUUGCUCAGCUGUUGAAAAUCUUAAAAUGCUGUUAUGGUAUCUACAGGGGUUUCAUCUAAUAAAGUUUCUUUCCGUACAUACUGUA